UGGGCCAAAAGCAGGAAGUGCAGCUCGGUGAUUUCCUGUGUGUAAAUGACGUGUGUUUGCACACGAGCCGAAGACAAAGCGAGCGGAGAGCAGUGCUGAGCGCAGCGCCGCGGGAAAAGCGCUUAAUUCAGACCGAGCUGAGCGACCCCGCUCCGGUUAAAAUGUUGCCUGCCAGGGCACAUGUCCUGGCACUGAUUUCCCUGACGCUGUUUUGGGCAUGCUCAGUGGAAGUGUCCGCAGACUGUGGCCCUGUUUCUGUGAAGACAGACAGUCGGCUGGCGGAGCAGACGCAGCAGCAGCACCUGCAUGCCCUCUUUAUGAAAUAUGGACAGAAUGGCAGCAUCUCAUUGGCUGGUCUCCAGAGGUUGCUGGAGGGGGUGGGGCUAGACCGAAUCAGGAAAGUAAUAGUGCAGCAUCAUGGAAACAGCCACAACCGCACACACUCGCAUUCGCACUCACAUUCACACACACACAAACACGCCACACAAACGCACACCGCUGCCAGCAAAAAGGACAGUAGUGGUUCUCCUGUGGAGAAGACAGACUCCGCCCCCAGCGUGUCCCAUGAUACCACUUCCGGGAAGAAGAGCCAAACUGACGCUCACCACAAUCUGUACAUGAAGAGAGCUCCUGACGCGACUGCACUUCUGACCACGCCCUCUUAUGCCACAAAGUCUCGUAGAGUGAACCGCAGCGCAAACUACAACCUCAUGCAGGACGUGGAACUCCCUCAGCCUAAUACAACUCAAUCUAACCACACUCAGCCGACUGGGACUGAGACUACGCCACACCUGGAUGACCACGACCAUGACCACGACCAUGACCACGACCAUGACCACGACCAUGAUCACGAUCACGACCACGAUCACGACCACGAUCACGACCAUGAUCACGACCAUGACCAGAGAAGCUCCGGUCAAGAGUGCCAGAAUGCCACCACUAUUCUGGAGUUACAUGGCAUGUCCCAGGAAGUGAUUCUGUCUGUGCAGGACUUCAGCUUCCUCUGUCCGGCUCUGCUCCUACAGAUCGAUUCCAAGUCCUGCUUUAUGCAUGCUGACAACCUGUCAGAUUAUAAGAAUCAGCACCACCAUCAUUCCCACAACCAUCAUCAUCAUGAUCACCAUGAUCACCAUGAAAACACUGACACAACCCAGAAGAGUUCUCCCAUUCAGAUCGCUUGGAUUGGGGGUUUUCUUGCCAUCACUAUAAUCAGCUUGCUGGCUCUGGUGGGCGUGGUCUUAAUUCCACUCAUGGACCGAGUCUGUUUCAACUUCCUGCUCAGCUUCUUGGUGGCCCUUGCUGUGGGAACACUCAGCGGAGACGCCUUUCUGCACCUUAUACCCCAUUCUCAGGGAAACCACAAGCAUAACCAUCCUGUCAAUGAAAGCUUGGAGCACAGUCAUCAUGGUGAAGAGGAGGAUUCUUUGAAGCCUGUUUGGACUGGGCUGACUGCGCUGGGAGGGGUCUAUGUCAUGUUCCUCAUCGAGCACUUCCUGACCCUCGCUAAAAUGUAUAAGGACAAAAAAAAGGUGCAAAAGAGGGCAGAUUUGUCUAAUGAAAUCUUGGAGUCUGAGAAAGUGCCAGCUCUGGAAGACGUUGAUGUCAAACCAUUAGAUGAUUCUGAGGCAAACGGCGGGCAUUCGUGUGGACCAGGCCUACCAGAGGAAGAGGAAGUGAUGUUAUCUCAGAGCGGCUACACAGAUGAAGACUGUGAGAACAAGUGCCAUUCCCACUUCCACGACACUGUUGGCCAGUCAGAUGAACAGCAUCACCACCACCACGACUACCACCACAUUCUACACCACCACCACUCUCAGAACCACCACCCACACACCCACACUCAUCGACACACACAGUCAUACACUGUCCAGCACUUUGAGCAGGCUGGGGUGGCCACCCUCGCCUGGAUGGUCAUCAUGGGGGAUGGUCUGCAUAACUUCAGCGAUGGACUGGCUAUAGGAGCAGCAUUUACAGAAGGCUUGUCCAGUGGUCUCAGUACAUCAGUUGCUGUAUUCUGCCAUGAGCUUCCUCAUGAACUGGGUGAUUUUGCUGUGCUGCUAAAGGCUGGGAUGUCUGUAAAACAAGCCAUUCUCUAUAAUCUGCUCUCUGCAAUGAUGGGCUACCUGGGGAUGAUUACAGGCAUUCUGAUUGGUCACUAUGCAGAGAAUGUGGCCAUGUGGAUCUUUGCCCUCACUGCUGGGCUCUUCAUGUAUGUUGCACUGGUGGACAUGGUCCCGGAGAUGCUGCACAACAAUGCCAGUGAGGCGGGCUUCAGUCACUGCGGGUUUUUUGUUCUACAGAAUGCCGGGAUUCUGCUCGGCUUUGGCAUCAUGCUACUAAUUGCCUUGUUUGAGCACAAGAUUCAACUCAACAUUGACUUCUGAUUCCAUGCCUAGCUGUUACACCAUUAAUUCAUUCUUACAACCUCCUUCUUACGACCUGCUACAGCCUUGUUGUGUAUGUUUAACUUACGUGGAUGUUCUGUUACUUCUGUACUUUAUGUUCAGGUAAAAUAACUGCUGAUUGUUACCUGCUUAAACACUGUCUCAAAACUGCUACAAGCUACUCUCUGUCAUUAUGUAAUCACUGAAAGUGAUCCACAGCCAUUCCGUCAGUGAAGCGUUGAGAAGGCUUCAUUGGAGAAUACAUCAGAUUGUUCAGCUGUCAGUAUUAGAUGCUAAAGUAAACGUUACUGUAGAGUUUCUUUUUUGAUACUAAUAUUUCAUGCGGUACCUUGUUGGGUUAUGUUUGAAUGUAUAUACCUACCAGCCAUGAUGUUAACAACCUCUUAUCUCUACUUACUGUAGUCCUGUAUCUGUUUCUUUGCAUACUUUUAUUAUUAUUCUCCUCCUUUCAUCCUGUUCUUCAAUCAUGAUCAGGCCCCCACAGGAGAGAAAACCACCACAGAGCAGCUAUUAUUAUAAUUUGGGUGGUGGAUCAUUUAUUUCCCAGCACUGCAGUGAUUAGUAGUGAUUAGCAUGGUGGUGGUGUAUGAGGUGUUAGUGUGUGUUGUGCUGGUACAGUGAGUGGAUCAGAUACAGAAGUGCUGCUGGAUGUUUUAAACACUGUGUUUAAUCACUCACUUUCCUUUACUCUAUUAGAUACUACUAGCUCUAGCUACUCCAUCUUGUAGAUAAAGUAAAGUCAGAGACAGAAGCUCUGAAUCUAUUGCUGGAUGGGUUGUCUGUCAUUCUUAUAUCCCUCAUCAGUGCUCACAGGACAUUGCCCCAGGACACUGUUGGCUGAAUGAUACACUCCAGAAAACAAAUAUAUCACCCACCACCCAAAUAAUAAUAGCUGCUAUGUGGUGGUCUCUCUUCUGUGGGGUCCUAACCAUUGAAGAACAGGAUGAAAAAAAAGAAUAAUUAAGUAUGCAGAAAACAGAAGGACUACAGAAUGUCUUAUAUGAUCAGUGGAGCUGAUUAAAUAGACAAUAAGUGUAGAAAUGUGUGUAGGUGGUGUUAAUGUUGUAGCUGAUUGACGUACAUGUAUGUGUAUAUAAGUUAAAAAAAUGUUUUUUUGUGUACUGUCUUUCACAUUCCAGUAAAGAUUCCAGAGAAUCUUAACAGUUUGUGCUCUGUUUUCACUCACCUUUUUGCAUUAUCACUAAUAAUUUUUUGGCAGUUAAGAUUUAGUUUAAUGGUAUUUCCAUACUUGUGUGGCAUCAUUGCUGCCAAACUAAAAACCAAUUCAUGAUAAAUGGAAAUAAAAACUAUUCAAUGAUUUGCAUCUCUCCUAAUGCUAUAUUUUACAUACCACAUUAACACAUUUUUCACACUAUAAGGUGCACCGAUUUAUAAGGCAAACUAUUAAUAAACGUCUAUUUUAAUACAUAAGGUGCAUGAAGCAACACUAGUGAGGCACAGGGGUGUCACCAUGUUUUCAGCAGGUCUUGCUGCUUUGUGGCGAGACCUGAAAAGUUAAGUUAAGCUAAGUAAACAAAACUGUAAUUAUUUUUAAGUCAAACAAGCGCUGGAUGUUAAUGUACACAAAUUUAUUUUCUGAAAACGGUUUAUUUGGGUGAGUAAAGCGCUUCCAUUUCUUUACAGUCAGCUUAGAUUUCCAGAUUUUCAUUAGGUCUGGGUGUAGGAGCAUUAGCCAGCUACGCUAAGGAACCCUGAGUGUUCUGGUAAGCCAGGGCUAUAUUAGCUAGCAGUCAGUCCCAUGUAGCUCUGUAAUUCCAGCUAGCAGUGCUAGUUAGCAGAUAAUGGCAAGCUACAGGCCGAUAAUAUUCACCUCUGAACAGCAAAAGAGCUAGUGCUUAAGUUAAAAAGUGUACUGUCUUUCAUAUUCCAGUAAAGAUUCCAGAGAAUCUUAA